AUGUCGAAAGAAAUGCAGAAGUGUCAAGCUGAAAUGGAAAAUCUUCGAAAUGCUUCAAAACAGCAGAUUAACGAACUUGAACAGCAAAUUGCUACGAAGAAGCGCGAGACGCACGUACGUGGUGACUUAUUCCAUGAUGAUGUUAAUGCAUUACCAAUCCUGAAAGCUGAUGCGCUGAAAUAUGUUGUGGUAUUUCGGAAUCAGCUACAGCCAGAGCAGUUGAUUGAAAUUGUCAAUGCUUCACCGAAAUAUGCAAAUUGCUUAUCAUUUUCAAAAUUGAAGAUUCUCAUAAAUCGAGAAAAUGUACCAGUUGGCCCACUGAUUGUUGCACUGUUCGCAUGUUUUGAGGCAUCUUCAAGGGCGCGAAAUUCGCAUUACCUGAUGAAGGCUCUGAUGCGUUGCUUCAAUAUCAUCGAUGUGGAAACAGCUAAAAGUUCUGGCCAAAUUGUUGAUAAAUUGGCCACAAUGAUUGCUGUUGCAGUGAAAAAUCCAGUUGAUCCAGUGCAUCUUCAUUAUGUCUUCGAAUCACUAUGUGUGCUGAUUAAACAGGUAUACACGAUAGUUGAUGGUGGUAUUGACAAGCAUGUGGUCCCACUCAUCGAAAAUAUUUUCUCCUCGGAUGCAGUCGAUUUUAUUCCAUAUGCACUACAGAUAACAUCUUUAUUACUUGAUCAAGCUCAAGCGCAGAAACUGAAAGGAGGUACAUCAUACGUAGAUUCGUAUUUGCCAUUCUUUGAAAAUUUGAUGAAAGAGGAACUCUGGCUUCGAACAGCGAACAUCCCUGCUGCAUUAUUGGUAUUUUUUUUUAAAGCAUUUUCUGGAUUUUAUUCGAAAAAAACUUUAGAAGUUUCUCAUCGAGUUUUGCAGGUGGUUGAGUCAUUUUUGCGUAGUCAUACAGAGCAUAUUUUGAAAAAUUAUGCAAACAUUUUGUUGGCGAUCUUCCAAAAACUUAUUGGGUCGAAAGCAUUGGAUCAGCAUGGAUUUCAGCUAGCUAACACAUUCUUAAAUUAUAUCGGUCAAACAGAUGUGAUUACGGAACCGGCACUUUUGAUUCCAAUGCUACGACGUGUUCAGUUCUCGAAAACAACAAAAUUCAUGAAAAGCUUUGUUUUAUUUCUUGCCCGAUUUGUGAUUGUUCGAGGAGUUUCAUCUUUAUAUCAGGCACUGGAAUCUAUUCAAACGGGUAUGUAUAUGAUGGUUGUUGAGAAGAUUAUCAUUUCUGAAUUGGAGAAAAUGCAUAAUACAACAACGUACGAAGAAAAGCGAAUAUGCUGCGUUGGCUUUGCUAACCUUUUGGCCGAAACAGUUGACAAAUUAGGGUUUGUUGAUUCUUGCUAA